AUGGCAUAUCUGGCAUCCAUCCACAAGGCCAGCAGCGUAAGACAUGCGGUCAAAUCAAACUUCAUAUCCUCGGAGGAGCAGUCCUUGAUUGUUGCAAAGUCCUCACGCAUAGAAAUAUAUUCCUUCGAAGGGGACGGACUUUCCCUCAAGUCACAGUUCCAAGUCUAUGGGCGAAUAACCGCACUACUUACAUUGCGCCCAGUGGAUUCUCCCACAGAUCAUCUGUUUGUAGCUUCAGACAAUAGCAACUACCUCACGGUCUCUUGGGAUCCUGUUCAAAAACGGGUCAGAAAUGAGCAAGCUGCCUGCGAUGUUUCGGACAAGUUCCUCCGAAAUGCCCGAUGUGGGCCUCUAUACUUAGCAGAUCCCGCGGGAAGGCUUUUGGGGCUACACGUCUAUCAAGGAACAUUCCUUUCCAUACCUUUAAUACAAUCACCAAAAAAGAUGAAUAAAAAACAAACUAAAUCCAGUGUGGUUGAAUCGUCUAAGGAUUUUGAUACGGCUACUCCGAUUAGAUUUUCAGAAUUGGAUGUUGUCGAUAUGGCUUUUCUUCAUGAUACAGCAAAUCCCGUGUUAGCAAUACUAUACAAUUCUGCCCAUCCAGGAGAAGUACAUAUGAAAACUUACGAAGUCACCCAUAACGGGACAGAAUUUAAAGAAUGGCGUAUGAAAGCAACAUCUCUGGACGCCGAACCCACGAUGUUGAUUCCAGUACCAGGACCAGUUGGUGGACUACUAGUAAUUGGGACGCAGAUGUUCUGUUACUUCAAUUCCGAAAACGAAACCCCCCUGAAACAUAUUUUGCAUCAAGUUCGUUCAUUUGUAACUUGGGGAGUAAUUGAUACCCAAAGGUAUUUACUUGGAGAUGAAGAUGGGAAACUGCAUAUACUAUUUAUAGAGCUCCUGCGCGGUAGGGUACAUGGUAUAAAGGUGGAAGAGAUUGGGCAGACUUCGGUACCAAGCCGAUUAGUAUACCUAGAUAAUGGCCACUUAUAUGUGGGAUCUCACAGCGGUGAUUCUCAACUUGUUCGAUUAUCUUCCGAGGAACCGAAGGUGCAGGUCAUCGAGACUUUCACCAACCUAGCACCUAUCACAGAUUUCAGGGUCGCUGAUAUGAAUUAUUCGGGUUCUGAAAACCAACAGCAAUAUUCAUCUGGACAUAUGAGAAUUGUAUCAUGCAGUGGUGGUUUCAAACAAGGGUCAUUGCGGAGUGUCAAGAGCGGGGUUGGAAUGGAGGAUCUUGGUAUUCUUGGAGAAAUGGUGGGCAUUAGGGGAUUAUGGGGGCUAAAAUCUACUCCGGGAAAUCAAUUUGAUGAUAUCCUAGUAGUAUCAUUCAUUGAUGAAACUAGAGUAUUCCAGUUUCAUCAGGAUGAUGACCCGGAGGAGCUGGAACGUUUUGGGGCGUUUUCCCUCGAUGAGAGAACCCUUAUUGCUGGAAAUGUCGUCGAUGGCAAACUGCUCCAGGUUACCCCUUCCAGUGCACGAUUAAUCAAUACGGGAUCUGGAGAAGUUGCGUCCCAGCUGGACCUGCGCGGCAAAGGCAUAAUUAACAUGGCAAGCGCAAAUGAGGAUACUUUAAUUUAUGUUAUCAAUGGUUCGACGCUCUUUGCCGUCGAUCUCAAGGCCAAUCUCAAAGAGAUCGGCACGCGCUCAUUCUCUAAUGAAAUAUCAUGUCUCACUAUUCCUAUAUCAUCCUCUACAAUAUGUGCUGUUGGGCAAUGGACAACAUCAGCUGUCUCGAUCCUCACCCUUCCAGGCUUGGAGACACUCUCCGAGGAUAUUUUAGUAAGAACAGAGAAUGCUGCUAUUCCGAGAUCACUGUUACUUGCGAGGAUUCUUCAGGACCAGCCACCGACAUUGUUGGUGGCAAUGGGUGAUGGAACCUUAUUUACCUUUUCAGUACAUGAAGAAAGCUUCUUGCUUUCACAGAAAAAAAGCAUAGUUUUGGGUACGCAAUCAGUUUAUUUCCAACCAAUACCCCUUGGGAAUGGUCUUGUGAAUGUUUUUGCAACCUGUGAUCACCCAAGUCUCAUUUAUGGGCUGGAGGGAAGGAUUGCAUACUCAGCAGUUACAGCAGACAAGACAACCCAUGUGACUCCUUUCAAUGCUCAUGGGUUCCCUAAUUCUGUUGCUGUGGCCACUGAAGACGACCUUAAACUUGCUGUUCUCGAUUUUACACGGUCCACGCACGUAAGAAAUCUUCCAACUGGCGAUGUCGUCCGACGCGUGGCGCACUUAAAGACUCGAGACGUAUUUGGGGUUCUCACGAUCAAUUUAUAUCAAGAUUUGACAACUGGUGACGAGCAAUUUAGAUGUUAUGUCAGAGUUGUCGAUGGUAUCACGUUUACCAUGAUAGAUUCUUACGAACUUCAGGAGGCAGAGCUGAUAGAGAGUAUCAUGUGUGCUAAUCUCUCCAAUGGCGAUGAAACAUUUUCGGAAAGGUUUAUUGUGGGUACUGGAUUUCAAGAAGAAUCCAAAGAUGAGACUGCUCGGGGAAGAAUCCUCGUUUUUGAACUGAGUGACGAUAGGAAACUCAAGCUAGCGGCUGAGUUGGUUGUUCGAGGCUCUUGCAAAGGGCUUGAGCUGGUGAAUGGCAAGAUUGUUGCGGCCUUGAAUAGAACGGUUGAAAUGUACUCCUGGGAGUCCCCACUCAGCUUGAAGCCUAAAAUCGUAAAGAUUGCCAGCUACCGUACACACAGCGAGCCUAUUGAUUUAGGGGUUCGCGAUAAUAUGAUAGCUGUUGGGGAUCUUAUGAAAGGCCCCUCACUCUUAGAAUAUUCGAGCCAGAACGGCACAGAUUACAAACUUGACGAAGUUGCACGGAAUUAUCAGACCUUGUGGACAACGGCAAUCGAGUUAUGGGACAAAGAGACAAUUAUUUGUGGGGACGCAGAGGGAAAUAUGUCUAUUUGGAGAAGAGAUGUCAAUGGGGUGACAGAUGAAGACCAAAAACGUCUUCAGUUAGUUGGAGACAUUAGGAUUGGAGAGAUGGUCAACCGGAUUAGGAAAGUGGACGAAAAUGUAUUGCCUGGAAGUGUAGUCCAGCCAAAGGCAUAUUGUGCAACGGUCGAUGGGUCGAUAUACCUCCUGGGAGAGAUCGAUUCGGAGUACUUGGACCUAUUAAUGCAGCUGCAAUCAAACAUGGCAAAAGUUAUCAGCGGUGUUGGCGAUCUGGAUUUCAAUAAAUUUCGAGCUUACUGGUCGCCUAACCGUAGCUCCGAGGAACCUUUUAGAUUCGUUGAUGGUGAUUUUGUCGAAAGAUUCUUAGAAUUGACAGACAGGGAUGCUGAAAGGGUUGUCGAUGGAGUUGGGAAGAAGACCGAUGGUUUAUCAAAGGGGGUAGAUGAGAUCAGAAGCUUAGUGGAGAGUCUGAAAAGACUACAUUGA